AUGGCAUCAUCAUUAUUAGAAAAACUAUUCUAAAAUAAUCCUCAUCUCAAUGAAAUUUAAAAAGAUCAAAUCUAAGAGACUUUAUAAUACUUAGAGAAACAUAAAAUAUCCCUUUUGUUUGAAGUAACAUAUCAGAUUAUAUAUAAGGAAUUAUUGUCAUAAUUAAUAUUUGAAAUGAGCAAUCAGCCAAGAAAGACCUUGUUGGAUGCACUUAAAAAUCAUAAAAAUUAGUAAUUCUUCGAUACAACAGAUUAUGAAGUAAUAUUUGAACACUUUGAUACUUUUAAUGAUAAAACUGUCAAGAUAAAUUCCAUCAUAUAGGGAUUAUAAAUAAUUGGAAUUACAAAAUCAGAAGAGGAAUUAAAUCAAAAAUACAUAGCAAUAUUAAAAAAAGGGUUUGUCAAUAAAAAUGAAUUUGUUGAUAUUCUCAAAGGUGAAUAUAGUUCAAGAUGA